UUUCUGGUUAUUUACACUUUUUUAACACUACAUAUUUGCUAACACUCUAUAUACUGGAUUAAAAUCUGUUUGUUUUAAUUAUGAGUCGUUUUGAUUUUAAAAAUUUAACUAUAUUUUAAUUUUCAAUUAAUUUUGUAUUUAUCAUGGCAAAUAAAAUAGAUUUAAGUACGAUAAAAAUAGUCAGAAAGAAGAAUCCUUCAACUGCUAAAAAUCUUUUAAAACGGCUGAAAAGGAAACAAAAACAAACUGAACACAAGGAUGCCAAUGGCCAAGUUAAAACUAACGCCCAGACUUUGAAAGAAUCUUUGAAAAUCCAUUUCAAAGAUUUUGAAAAUCACCUCAAAGAUUCUGAAGGCAUUGAAAUAGAAUACGUUCCAUUAGUUGAGGACUAUGGAGAUUUUAAAGGAGUUUUCGAGAAGUUUUCUGAGCUCGAAAAUCAGUCAGUAGAGGAGGAACCAACGCCUGUGGAACAGGAGCCUGAGGAGGAACGUUUCGAUGAGUCGGACUCAGAUGAAGAUGAAUCACAAAGGAAAAUGAGCGCCAAGAAGUUGAUGAGAUUAAUGAACAGACCAACUCUCUAUGAACUUAAACAAUCGGCUGACAAACCAGAAGUGGUUGAGAUUUGGGAUACGACAGCGUCUGAUCCGAAGUUUUUGAUAUGGCUCAAGGGCCAGAGAAACACAGUACCUGUUCCUUCUCACUGGAGUGAGAAGACUCCAUUUAUGCAGAACAGGCGCAGCUCAGAUAAGCCACCAUACAAAUUACCGCCUCAUAUUGAGGCAACUAAGAUCUCUGAGAUAAGGUCUGCACUCCAGAUUAAGGAGAAUGAAAAGAGCUUGAAGCAGAAACAGCGUGAAAAGGCCAGACCAAAGUCCCACAGAAUGGAUAUAGAUUACCAAACUCUUCACGACGCCUUUUUUAAAUACGCAGUUAAGCCGCCUCUUACAAAGUACGGCGACGUGUAUUAUGAAGGGAAAGAAAUGGCAUUGCGAAUGAGGAAUUGUAAACCAGGACAAUUAUCCGAAAGGCUCAAGAAUGCGCUAGGAAUAGGCGAAAACGCACCUCCCCCAUGGCUAAUUAAUAUGCAAAGAUUUGGACCCCCGCCAAGUUAUCCCAACUUACGUAUUCCAGGAGUGAAUGCUCCCUUGCCAGAAUCAGCGUCGUUCGGUUAUCAGCCAGGUGGUUGGGGAAAUAUCCCAACGGAUGAGUCAGGGAAUCCAUUAUACGGUUACUUUGACUCAUCUUAUUAUGAGGAUAACCAUAUUGAUAAGACAUUCUUUGGUGAAAUCCCACAAUUACCUGAGGAAGAAGAGGAAGAAUCAGAAUCGGAUGAGGAGGUUCAAGAGGAGGAAACAGUUAAAUCGGCACAGGCUACUUCAGACACACCGAUAUCAAUUGGAAUCAAUACCCCUUUGGUUGAUGUUGGAUUAUCAGCACUGGAUACACCACUACAACCCUUGAUGCAGACCACUCAGGCGCCAAGAAAAGCCUACACUGUACUUGAACCCAAGGUUGCAGCACCCUCAAAUGCUCUUUUUGGAUCUCAAAUCACCUAUCAGAUGCCGCCACCAGUUGCAACACCUCUGGGUAUGGGAGGCUUAACCACACCGCUGGGAGGUAUGGCAACACCAUCACUAACAACUGAAGAAGUGGAUGGAACUAGUACAACUGAUCAGAUAUUGAGGCAAUUGAAAUAUCAUGAAGAGAAAGCUAAAAAGGUACAUGAGGAAGCUGGGCAAAUUGUAGUACCUGAAAAUAAGGAUUUAAAUAAGAAAAAGAAGAAGAAACAGUUUAAAUUUUAAUUUAAUUUAAAAAUUA